AUGCCGGUCGAGCAGCCCGGUGAUGAUCCAGACGAUGUCCUAUUCAACUCAUUAUACGGCGUCCGAACAAUAGAACUCAACAGACCUAAAAAGCUGAAUUCGCUCAAUGGCUCAAUGGCUCGGAAGAUAUUACCACGAUUAAGAGAGUGGGAGAAGUCGCAUUUAGCCAAUGUGGUCAUGAUCACUGGCGCAGGCCCAAAAGCAUUCUGUGCUGGCGGCGACGUAGCCGAACUGGCGAAGCAGAACGCGACGCCAGAAGGCCAGAAGACAUCAACAGACUACUUCGCACUCGAAUAUCAGCUCGACCAUCUAAUAGCUACCUACAGCAAGCCCUACGUUGCCGUCAUGGAUGGAAUCACCAUGGGCGGCGGUGUCGGACUCUCAGUCCACGCACCCUUCCGAAUAGCAACUGAACGCACCGUCUAUGCCAUGCCCGAGACCACGAUUGGUUUCUUCCCCGACGUUGGCGGCUCCUUUGCCCUCCCUCGCCUCGAUGGCGAGAUCGGAACCUACCUAGCCUUGACCUCUGAGCGCUUGGUCGGUGCCCAGGUCUUCUACAGCGGCAUCGCGACCCACUAUAUGGACAGCACCGUCCUAGCUCCGCUGACCACACGACUCUCCGAGCUCGUGUUCGACGACCUCGCCAGCCUCAGCGACCGCCUCGAUCUGGUCAACCGCACCAUCGCCGAAUUCACGAACGAUCUACCCCGUCCAGACUCUUACGAAAAAGCGAAGUAUGGUAACAUCACGGGCGACCUACGAAUAGCCAUCGACGAGUGUUUCGGCUUCAACACUGUCGAGGAGAUUAUAGCCGCGCUCAAAGUUCGCAAAGGCCGCCCAGCUCUCGCAGAGUGGGCGGAAAACACCCUGAAAACAAUGUCCAUCCGCAGCCCAACCUCUUUGAAAGUAACACUCCAACAACUGCGUUACGGUGCCAAAUGGGAUAUCGAUGAGACUUUCAUUCGCGAGCACGCUAUGGCCGCGCACUUUAUGGCCCACCCAGACUUCACAGAAGGCGUCACAGCCCGCCUCAUCAACAAACCCGCAACAGAGCCCCAGUGGCAGCCCAAGGCCCUGGCAGAGGUGUCCCCCGAGGACGUGGCCAAGUUUUUCGAGAAGAAGGAAGGCGUGGACACGCUACAACUGGUGGAGCCACUGCGCGGGUUCGAGAAGGGCCCAAGGAAAUACCUGCAAUACCCACACGCGAGGUUCGCGCUGCCGACAGAGGAGGCCAUUGAGGACGCUGCUCAGACCUCCGGUGUGAAGACGACGAAGGGGGCAGAAACGGUCAUUGCGGAGCUAACGAAGCAAUGGGGCCAUAAGUUGGGCCUGAAGGAGAAAGUAGAGGACUAUCUCAGGCGGAGGUCCAGGCAGAAGGGCAAAGAAGCGAAGGAUCAGGGUGCUGAGAAGGCGGCGAGUCUGUGA